AUGGCAUCAUCCAGCUCCUACAACUCUCCUUGUGCUGCCUGCAAAUUCUUGAGGAGGAAAUGCCUUUCAGGGUGCAUCUUUGCACCUUACUUCCCACCAGAAGAGCCUCAAAAGUUCGCCAACGUGCACAAGAUCUUUGGUGCUAGCAAUGUGACGAAGCUCCUGAAUGAUCUUCUCCCUCACCAGAGGGAAGAUGCAGUGAACUCCCUUGCCUAUGAAGCUGAGGCACGUGUGAGAGACCCCGUUUAUGGCUGCGUAGGAGCCAUCUCUUUCCUGCAAAGACAAGUUCAAAGGCUCCAAAAGGAGCUUGAUUCUGCCAAUGCUGAUCUCCUUCGCUAUGCCUGCAAUGACAUGCCUCCGCCCUCUCUUUCCGUGCCACCAGCAAUGACAGCAACAACAAUUCAACAAAUGCCACAAAGGUCUUUCACUGCAAGGUUUGGAAAUGAAGCAAGUGGGUUUUACAGGCCCUCCCCUACCAGCACUUACAACUCUUUCCCUUAUUCUCUUCCAUGGACUGAUACCCCUCCCGAGGAUAUCAAUGAUGGAGGAGGAGAAGGAGGAGUUUUCAUCAUGUACCGGGGAAAAGGUAAGAUGAUGAAUCUCUUGGUUCUAAAGAGACUUGGUCUCUAUAGUCUCAAUUCCCGUGAGAAAUCCAUCAAUCUUGGUCUGUCUGCACCAUGCCAAGACGUGGAAAAGAAGCAAAGAGCAGGUGAAAAAUGGCAGGGUGAGGUUAUUAGAAAGGACAAACAUGUGGUGGAGGGUGUUGGGGGGUCCUAUCCCUAUUUAAGCCCCCACAACAAAUUCUUUAUGUCCUCGUGGACCUAA